AUGGAAGAUAUGCCACCAGGCCCGACUUUUUUCAGUCCCAGUUCGCAGGAUCCGCUGCUGGACCAACGUGAGGUGGCUCGGCGCAUCGCUCAAAAGUACCGCCCAGCGACAGACGAUCCGAUGUACGUGGAAGUGCUGCCCCAGGAGCCGGCGCCUUCGUCCGUGCAUGGCAUCCCUGAGGGCUUUGUGGCACAGCGUUCUCGCUCGCCUACGCAGUGGUUCCGGGUGUACCGCCAACUGUCCAAAUCACGUCUCACCUUCUUGGUGGUACUGUCAGGGAUGAUGGGCUACUCGCUCUGCCCUUCGUCGCUUGCCGUGGCGACCUCGCUGCCCCCGGUGGUUCGGUUGCUGGCCUUGGCAGGUGGCAUUACGCUGUGCUCGACCGCAGCCAAUGCCCUCAACCAAAUUGUCGAAGCACCGUACGAUGCGCAGAUGGCACGUACCAAAGCGCGGCCUCUGCCUCGUCGGGCAUUGACGCCUGCGCAUGCAUGCAGUGUAGCUGCCGUAAGCGCAGUGAGUGGUGUCUCGAUUCUGUAUGCAUGCACCAACACACUCACAGCAGCGCUAGGCGCCGCCAACAUUGUGCUGUACUCGUUCAUGUACACGCCGAUGAAGCGCCAUAGCAUCGUCAACACAUGGCUCGGUGCCAUUGUGGGGGCCAUUCCGCCUUUGAUGGGCUGGGCCUCGUGUACAGGCACACUCACACUGCCUACCGAUGCCGUGGGAUGGAUCCUCGCAGGGAUUCUCUAUGCAUGGCAGUUCCCGCAUUUCAACGCCCUCUCGCAUGCCAUGGGCAAUGAAUACGCACGAGGCGGCUACCGCAUGAUGGCCGUGACGAACCCGGCACUGAAUCAGCGUGUCGCUUUCCGGUACGCUCUCGCUUUGAUUCCCUUGUGCUCUGUCGCCCUGCCACUGACAGGCACAGUGCUUGCGAUGCCAUACGCAGUGCUAUCCCUCAUUCCCAACCUGUUAUUUGCGUAUGCAGCCGGUCGCUUCUGGUACCGACCGUCGGAAAAAACAGCCCGAUCCUGCUUCUGGUUCAGUCUCUUUCAUUUGCCAGCUGUCAUGGUACUGGCCAUGGCUUGCAAGACGGACUUGUGGGAACACGUAUGGCCCUCGCCACCCCCCACAGCGCACGAUCCAUCGAACAAUUCAACCGUCGAUAUGUAG